AUGGAGUCCGCCGUGGACUCAGCGUCGACCGCGAGUGAGGUGAGCGGCUCUUCCGGGGGCUCGCCGAGGGUGAAGGCCGCUUCUCCGGCGCGCGCGGUCAGCCCGCCGCAGCUCUUGCAGCACAGGAUGCCGCUGCCGCCGCCGGGGCUCGGCCUCCUGGGCUCGCUGCAGAUGAUGCACCACUCGCCGCUCGAGCUGAUGGCGGCCGCGCACCACCACGGGCCUCCGCGGUACGGCAGCCCGCCGCCCAUCUCCACCUCGGAUCCGUCGGCCAACGAAUGCAAGCUGGUCGACUACCGCGGCCAGAAGGUCGCCGCGUUCAUUAUUCAGGGCGACACCAUGUUAUGCUUGCCGCAGGCGUUCGAACUGUUUUUGAAGCACUUGGUGGGAGGCCUACACACUGUGUACACGAAGUUGAAGAGACUGGACAUAGUGCCGCUGGUGUGCAAUGUGGAACAGGUGCGAAUCCUUCGGGGCCUCGGCGCCAUCCAGCCGGGCGUCAACCGCUGCAAGCUGCUGUCCUGCAAGGACUUCGACGUGCUCUACAGAGACUGCACCACGGCAAGGUGCCUGUCAAUGAAAGCGCCAGACAGCUCCAGACCGGGUCGACCACCGAAACGAGCCUCCGGAGUUGGUCUCUCGCUUGCCGCAUCGCCGUUCCCGGGGCAUCCCUUCAAGAAACAUCGCCUCGAGAACGGAGACUACUCGCCGUAUGAAAACGGACAUAUGAGUGAAAUGGCCCGAAUGGAGAAGUCUCCGCUGCUUGCGAAUGGUUACAACGCGCCCCCCACUCACUUGGGGCCCAUGGGCUUUAUGCACCAACACGCUCUAAUGUCACCCGGUAUGCCACAUCACGGAGUACCCCGGCCUGACGGCUCCAUCAUCAAGGGACAGCCGAUGCACAACAUGGAAGCACUCGCGAGAUCUGGUAUAUGGGAGAAUUGUAGAGCCGCUUACGAGGACAUCGUUAAACAUCUCGAAAGGUUACGCGAUGAGAGAGGCGACAUUGAACGCGUCAUAGCGAUGGAUAAAGCUCGCGAAGGUUCACAUAAUGGUUCUUCACCUGGCCACAGUCCUGUGCUCAACCUAUCAAAGUCGGGCUCCGGAGACCGCGACAGAUCUGACCGUGAAAGGGAUCGCGGUGAAAGGGGCGAAGGCUCGGCCAGUGGGCGAAGUUCUGCAGCGUCACGCCGGACGCCGCAGCCACCUCGGCUACCUUCGGCUGCCACAGCGCCAUCUCCAAGAUCACACACCGAUGAGAGUGAUGCUGCACUUUCUGACCAAGACGACCAUAAUGUUAAGGACGAGGAUGAAGGUGGUGAUCUAAGCGAUGGAGAACGAGACCUUCAAUCUUCCAACUCCCCAGCGCCAGUGAGCUAUGCCCCACAAUCCGGAUCGCCGCCCUCCGUUCCAGUUGACCCGACAGCGGACACCCUGGUGUCUUCAACCGAGACACUCCUGAGGAAUAUCCAAGGGCUCCUCAAAGUCGCCGCUGACAACGCCCGCCAACAGGAAAGACAGAUUAGUUACGAAAAAGCUGAAUUGAAGAUGGAUGUGCUGAGGGAGCGAGAGGUCAAAGACAAUCUCGAGAGACAACUACUUGAUGAGCAGAAAAUGAGAGGUACGUAA